AUGCCGCCGCCGGCAUAUAUGCGUUCCGGCUCCGAGACGUCAUUUCCUUCAGCUUCGGAUAGCCGGGAAGAUUCAAUUCAUGUGACUGGACUGAGAGAGAAACGUCUCUAUGCAGUUAUCGGAUGCCUCGUUAUACUGUCGAUUUUGGCACUUGCACUAUUAACGGUUAAUAUAAUGAUAGUAAUGUCCCUUCAAAUGACUCACCAUGGCAUGCGAUUCUUACGAUUUCACACCAUUCACGAUCCUCAUACGGACACAACGGAAAAGAUAGUGGAAUUUGAUGGUAACCACAUUGAUCUCGGGACAGUCGUCACAAACGGUCAGGUCGCUGGUUACAAAGAUGAAGAGCUCAAUAUAUACGGAUCUAGAGUAAGUAUUGAGCCUAGUUAA